UGGAAGUCUGGAGAUGGGGACUCGGGAGUUUUCUUGGAGGUUCUGCCUCCACUAGGGAGGAGACGCAUUCAGGGUGGUAGAUAUCCCUCAGUCUCCACUGACGCCAGAGCCAGGACCACCAGGACUGAGGCGACAGUGACCUUGUCCCCACAUUCCUACCAGCUGGCAAGAUGAUCGCUGCAUAACCUUCACACUUUGACAACGUAAAUGACCAGGGAAGCUGACUUAAUAUGGUUCUGCGAGGUGUGACUGUUGGACUGCUCCUGUUCUGUUGGCUCGCUCACCGAGGAGCUCACGGCCGGCGGAGAGAGCACGGGUGUCACUCCACAGGGGUGACGAACUGUCAGGAUUGCCUGGCGUCCGGCCCCCUGUGCGCCUGGUGUGCAGAGAAGAGCUUCAUUGGUCCAGCCCAGCACACCUGGGAGCGCUGUGGCCUCGCGCAGGCCCUGCUGGAAAGGGGCUGCCCCCGCUCCGCAAUAGAAGACCCCCGGGGAUCGAGCGUGUUCCUGCGCGACCGCCCGGUAACUUCCCACGUCAGGGAGCCCAAGCAGAGGAGCCACCAGAUCACACAGCUCCAGCCCCAGCAGGUCCUACUGCACCUGCGCCCAGGUGAGCCUCAGAACUUCGAGGUGAAAUUCAAGCGGGUGGAGGACUACCCCAUAGACCUGUACUACCUGAUGGACCUUUCCUUCUCCAUGGAGGAUGAUCUGGUGAACGUGAAGAAGCUGGGCAUAGACCUGAUGGACGAGAUGAGGAACAUCACCGAGGACUUCCGAAUCGGGUUUGGUGCUUUCGUGGACAAAACGGUGAUGCCUUACAUCAGCACCACGGAGCACAUGCUCCAGAACCCCUGCAAGAGGAAGGAGCCCUGCGCCAAGGCUUUUGGCUUCCACCACGUCCUGGGCCUCACCCGCAACGGCAGCUUGUUCGAGGAGCUGGUGGGAGGGCAGCGGAUCUCGGGAAACAUGGACCUUCCGGAGGGGGGGUUGGACGCCCUCAUGCAGGCCACCGUCUGCGAGGAGCAGAUCGGCUGGAGGAACGUGACGCGCCUGCUGGUGUUCUCCACCGACGGCGGGUUCCACUUUGCCGGGGACGGGAAGCUGGGCGGGAUUGUGCUCCCCAAUGACGGGAAGUGUCACCUGGAGAAUAACGUGUACACCAUGAGCGAACGACAGGACUACCCGUCCUUGGCCCACAUGGCCGAGAAGCUGAAGGAGAAGAACAUCCAGACCAUCUUUGCAGUGACUGAGGACGUUGUCCACCUGUACGAAGGAUUAAAGGAAAUAUUUCCUAAGACUGCCGUUGGAACUUUAUCAAGCGACUCCCACAACAUCCUGCAGUUAAUUGUGGACGCGUACAAUGCUCUGACCUCGGAGGUCAUCAUGGACCACAGUGAGCUGCUCCAAGGGUACCAGGUUGAGUACAACACCUCUUGCAAGGGUCACGUGGUACAGACAGGGGAGGAGGGGCGGAGGUGUUCCAACAUCUCCAUCGGCGACGAGGUGACCUUCCAGGUGAGCGUGACCGCUCCUCCCUGCGGCAUCGCGCCUGAGCCAUCCCGUCUGCUCAUCAGGCCGCAGGGCUUCGGCGAGGAGGUGGAGGUUCAGCUGCGCCCGCUGUGCCAGUGCCGCUGCCAGGAGCACCGAGUGGAGGACAGCCCCCAGUGCAGCGGGGGGCGCGGGGCGCUCGAGUGCGGGGCCUGCCGGUGUAAAGAGGGCUGGGUCGGGGCAUCCUGCGAGUGCGAUGCGGGCGUGUCGGCCGGCGAGGGCGCCGUGGCGCUGUGUCGCCGGGACAAUAGCUCCGAGGUGUGUAGCGGGCGAGGCGACUGUGUGUGCGGCGAGUGUGUGUGCCACCGGCCCCGCCGCAACCCUGAGCACACCUACUACGGCAAGUUCUGCCAGUGCGACAACUUCCACUGUGACCAGUACCAGGGGCGGCUCUGCGGGGGCCGGGGCAGGUGUGACUGCGGCGUGUGCCAGUGCUCUCUGGGCUUCGGCGGGAGCGCCUGUGAAUGUCCGCUGUCCACAGCCACCUGCCUGGCCCCCGAUGGCCUCCUCUGCAGUGGGCGGGGCCACUGCGUCUGCGGCGCCUGCGUCUGCGUGGACGCACGUUUCCAGGGCCCGGUUUGCGAGGUGUGCCUCUCCUGUCCGGACGUCUGCACCCUGCACAGAGAGUGCGUCCUGUGCGGUGCCUCGGCACGGGACCGUGUGGAAGAGCGUUGUCGCGGCGAGUGCGGACCCCUCAACGUGACCCUGGUGUCGGAACCCGGCCGCCUGCCGCAGGAGCAGCGCGAGCUCGGCUCGCGCCGCUGCCGUGAGAGGGAUGCGCGUGGCUGUUGGGUGCAUUUCUCCCAUCAGGCCGAGCGAGGGAACAUCUCCGCCCACAUCCACAUAGCUCUCCACCGAGAGUGCCCACCAGGCCCCAACGUGGUGCUGGUGACGGCUGUGGCGUCCGGCUCCGUGGUGCUGCUGGGCCUGGCUCUGCUGCUGAUCUGGAAGCUGCUCACCACCGUCCACGACCGGAGGGAGUUCGCCCGCUUCCAGAGGGAGCUGGGCCGGGCGCGCUGGGACAGGGGUGAGAAUCCCAUCUACAAGAGCGCCGUGACGACGAUUCUCAAUCCUAAAUAUAAAGCCCAGUGAGGAAACAUUCACUGUGGAGCGUGAACCGAAUGAGAUCAUCACCUCGCUGACCGUUCAGUUCACACCCCUGACCCUCAACCCAACUUGUCAAGAUAAUGACCAGCAGCAGGGGACACAUGUAGAAGCUCAUUUCUUGGUUCCUCAUAUAUGUUGCAUUUGACAUUUAUUUAUUUAGCAGAUGCUUUUCUCCAAAGCAACUUCC